AUGAUAAUUAUCGGCAUCGUCGUCGUCGUCGUCGUCGACUGUGGAGAAAAUACAACUUGUACUCCUAAUAAAUUAAUUCUUCUGUCUAAUUGUUCAUUUCACUAUUUUUACCAUCGUAAUCAUUCUUCUCAUUUAUUUAAUCAUAUAACGACGAACGAUAAUCGAACAUUAUCAAUGAUAUUACAAUAUCCAUUGCACAAAAAUGUUGGCAAUGAUCUACUGAUGACGAUUAUAACUCAUAAGAAAUCAGCAAAACCAUUGAUACGUUUUAAUCUUAGUAUGAUCCAAUGUUCAAAUAUGAAUAUGUUAAGCAAUUGGACGUCACUUGAGUAUUCAUCAACAUUACGCGGAGAAUUUGUUCGUACAACAUUUGUUGACAAAAAUAUUAUGUAUCUACCAUCGGGCAAGACGUACAUAAAAAAUUUAACAACACUCGAUUGUCUAACCAAAACACUCUAUCGUACGGAUCAUAAACAAUUAUUUAAACUCGAUUUGCGCAUUGAAUCAACAUUGAAUGAUUACUGUUCAAAUGAACAUUUAUGUUAUCCAUCGGAAAGUUAUGAAUGUGAUCAAAUUAAACAUCGGUGUACAUGUCGAGAACCGUUACAAUCGUAUUCAAUAGAAAAUCGAUAUCCCAUAUGUGUACAGCUGGUUCAAAAUAUGGAUCUAUGUGAAAUGAAGAAUCUAAGAUGUUUAGAAUGGUGUCAUGAAAAUAGUUCAUCUAGCACGUGUACUUGUCCAAAGAAUAUAUCAACGAAAAUAUCCUUAGAUGAUGAUGAUCGAGCUUAUUGUGAAAGUCAAACAAGUGGCAUAUGUAAUUCAUUGAUUCAAUGUCCAUUAAAUGAAACAUGUCUACAUGGGAUUUGCCAAAAUCAAAAAUAUAAAUCAUACCACUCAGUAUCAAUUCAUAUUGUUACUAUGGCAAUAAUUGUUUCAUGUCUAUUCCUUCUCACUAUUAGUCUUAUACUAGGAAUUAGCAUAUAUAUAUUACGUCGUCAACGAGUGAAGGAAAAUUACCAUGCGCCACUUGAAGUUAUUUGUACAAAGCAACAACAACAACGUCUCACUCUACCGGCGAAGACUGACUAUGAUAAUUCAACAUAUGACUCAUUUCGCACUAAUAUUCAACUUUCAUCGUCUGAUGACAAUGACAGUACACCAAUGACAACUUCUGACGAUUGUACAUAUGAACCAAAAAUAGUUUAUCUUGGAGGCGAACAGAAAUUAACAGCGAUUUUUGCUUGA